AUGUCCGAAUCCCAGCACGAGCUGUGCGAUAAUACAACUUGCCGCUUAGUCAACCAUUUCCCUCAUUCUCCAACUACUCUUCUUCCUCUCCGAUCCGCUCGAUUCCGGACGACGGCCAUGGCUGGUAACGGAUCUCCAGCUCCAUUCACCACCUGCAAUCACCUGCGCCAUGUAGAGUCAAUGGCCACUCUGCCCUCCGGUGCCGGCGCAAUUCCCAGAUUGAAUGCUCUCAUCCUCGGCGAGGCCCUUGCUUCCGAAGAAGAUGAUCUCGUCAUCCCAAGCCAGGAUUUCGCCGCGCAGGCCCACGUUCCCUCCCCCGCCAAGUAUCUCGAGAUGUACAAAAGGUCUAUUGAGGACCCCGCUGGAUUUUGGUCCGAUAUUGCUUCCCAAUUUUACUGGAAAGAGAAAUGGGGUCAUCCUGUUUACUCUGAGAAUCUCGACCUUCGCAAGGGGAGAAUCAACAUCGAGUGGUUCAAGGGUGGCAUUACCAACAUCUGCUACAACUGUUUAGAUACGCAUAUUGCUGCUGGGAAUGGUGAAAAGAUUGCUAUCUAUUGGGAAGGCAACGAGCCUGGUGCCGACGCUACCUUGACUUACAAUCAACUCCUGCACAGAGUAUGCCAGCUUGCUAAUUACUUGAAAGAAGUUGGCAUCCGGAAGGGUGAUGCUGUUUUGAUUUAUCUACCAAUGCUUGCGGAACUUCCCAUAGCUAUGCUUGCAUGUGCUCGCAUCGGCGCUGUUCAUUCUGUAGUUUUCGCCGGAUUUUCUUCUGAGUCUCUGGCCCAGAGAAUCAUAGAUUGCAAGCCAAAAGUUGUAAUAACUUGCAACGCUGUUCGUAGAGGGUCCAAGGUUAUCCAUCUGAAAGACAUAGUUGACAGUGGACUGGCAGAAUCUGCCCAGAGUGGGGCUGUUGUAGAUGUGUGUUUGACCUAUGAAAAUGAGUCAGCUUUGAAGAAGGAAGACACGAAGUGGGUGGAUGGAAGAGAUAUAUGGUGGCAGGAUGUUGUUCCUAAGUAUCCGACUACUUGUGAUGUUGAAUGGGUUGAUGCAGAAGAUCCACUUUUCUUGCUUUAUACCAGUGGGAGUACUGGAAAGCCCAAGGGAGUGUUGCAUACAACUGGAGGAUACAUGGUGUAUACUGCUACCACAUUUAAAUAUGCAUUUGACUACAAGCAAUCGGAUGUAUACUGGUGUACUGCUGAUUGUGGUUGGAUUACUGGCCAUAGCUACGUUACGUAUGGUCCCCUACUGAAUGGAGCAACAUUAGUGGUUUUCGAAGGGGCCCCUAAUUAUCCUGAUUCUGGACGUUGCUGGGACAUAGUUGACAAAUACAAGGUUUCUAUAUUCUACACUGCUCCCACAUUAGUGCGAUCUUUGAUGCGUGAAGGAGAUGAGGCAAGAUAUGUGACCCGAUAUUCUCGGAAAUCAUUGCGAGUCCUAGGCAGUGUGGGUGAACCCAUUAAUCCAAGCGCAUGGAGGUGGUUUUUCAAUUUAGUUGGAGACUCACGAUGCCCCAUUUCGGACACUUGGUGGCAAACAGAGACUGGAGGCUUCAUGAUCACUCCUUUACCAGGUGCUUGGCCUCAGAAACCAGGUUCUGCUACCUUUCCUUUCUUUGGUGUCCAGCCUGUCAUAGUGGAUGAAAAAGGUCUUGAAAUUGAAGGAGAGUGCAGCGGUUAUUUGUGUGUCAAAAGCUCUUGGCCGGGGGCAUUUCGAACGCUCUAUGGGGAUCAUGAAAGAUACGAAACAACAUACUUUAGUGCCUUUCCUGGCUACUAUUUCAGUGGAGAUGGUUGCAGCAGGGAUAAAGAUGGUUACCACUGGCUCACAGGCAGAGUAGACGAUGUUAUAAAUGUCAGUGGACAUCGGAUUGGCACUGCAGAAGUGGAAUCUGCCUUAGUUUCACAUCCUCAGUGUGCUGAAGCUGCUGUUGUUGGUGUUGAGCAUGAGGUUAAAGGACAGGGGAUAUAUGCAUUUGUUACCUUAGUCGAAGGCAUUCCUUACAGUGAUGAUCUCCGGAAAAGUCUUAUAAUGACUGUGAGAAAGCAGAUUGGAGCCUUCGCAGCCCCCGACAAAAUCCACUGGGCUCCUGGUCUUCCUAAGACAAGAAGCGGAAAGAUAAUGAGACGGAUUCUAAGGAAAAUUGCUUCCAGGCAAUUAGAUGAGCUCGGGGACAUCAGCACACUUGCAGAUCCUGGUGUGGUUGAUCAGCUUAUAGCACUGGCUGAUUGUUAA